AUGAUUCUAAAACUCCUUAUUUUUUGUUCCCUACUAUUUUCAAAUUUCGCGGCUGAUGCCUCAAAUUCCACUGAAAAAGUUUUGCACUGCCAAAAAGGAUUCAAGCUCUACGACCGCGUCCCGACGGACCGCAAUCGAAAUACUAGUCAUUGGUGUAUGAAGCUGGAUCUAUUUUCCCAAUCUGAAAACCUCUAUCUCUGCCCUCAGGUCGUGGAACACAGUGAUGUCUACGAUCGUCCAACCGCCAGAUCCGUUUGUAUGGAUUAUGACGCAGUGAUCACAAAUGUAGAAAAUCAAAAGGAAUUGGAUGAUGUUAAUGCCCUAAUCAGAGACAACAAUAAACGUGUCGCCGUCGACGGUGUGUUCAAUCCGAAAUGCCGAAGUUUCGAUGAUUGGAAAAUGCGAAAGUUUGGAGGACUGUGCGACAAACGGAAAGAACUAUUUAUUCUGGAAGACGACCAUACUGAUCCAACAUUCAUUUUUGGCAAAUGGGCUGGCGAACCGCCAACCGCAUCCGACAAAUAUAAGGAAAAGGGGGACGAUGUAGACAUCUACACAAUCGCUGAAUGUCUAUCCCUUCACAACUUGGCAGCCAUAAACACCACGGGAAACCUCAAAGACUUUUUAUGUGGGGAGGAGCCAGAUAAACAAGUAGGAGAAGUCCCAUUUUUUGGAGUUCUUUGUGGAUGCGAACCGGAAUAA